UCAGGGCUAGAAAGAAGUAGGGUUUGUGAAGUAAGGAAGAGGAGGAAAAAGCAGGACGACUGUGGGGUUCCUGGUACUCUCCGAGCUUGUUUGCUUGAGGACAUUUCAUUACCCAACUAAAUAACCUCAUCAGCAAAGAACCAAUAACUCCACAGCUUUUAUCUCCAACAAAUUCAAUAUUCCUGAAUAUAGUGCUAUUUAUCCAUUGUUAAUUUAUCCACUAAUAGAUUAUCUAGUUUUCUGGAUUCUGCAACAACCUGAAAUUAAGCGACACUUUGCAAAGGUGAAGUUCACACUGUAUGAGAGAGUCCAAUGUACUUUAGUGUCUCUGAGGAGUUUUGCCAUGUAUUUUUUCUUUUACGAAUGAAUUGGAAGGGAUCAAAAUUGAGAUAGUUAAAAGGAUGCAGGAUGCUGCACCUGAGCUGCUGAUCCAGGUAUUGAAGCAUUGUAUUUGAAAGGAGGAACCAACCCAAAGGCGUUCAGAUAAAAGAUAGAUUGUAUCUUAUCCUAGAUUUGGUAAUCAGCAACGGUUUUACAAGCCAGCUUGGAAAUACCGAGAAAAUACCAUUUUCUCUAAAAGAAUAAGAGGCGGAACCAUUCGUUUGGGGUUCAGGUUUCCAUCCGGACUUUCUUUGUCCCUUCCUCUUUUUUUUCUUCUUUCCUGCGUUUCAAUGGCGACGAACGGCCCGUUUCUUUUCCUUUUUGCCGUUCUUUUGCUAUCGUUGCUUUCUCGUUGGUGGCUGCAACGGUACCACGGCCUGAGGAAGUGGCGGCGGCCGGACCACCGGACGCUUUUCUCAGACGGCCCGGAGGCGUCAGCGACGGUGCGACGCGACAUCCAGACCACCCGCGUCCUCUUCGUGACGGCGCACCCUGAUGACGAAGCGAUGUUCUUUGCCCCCACCAUCCUCGCCUUGAAGUCGGCCAGCCUGUGGCUGCUCUGCGGCUCUACAGGGAAUUAUUAUCAGCAGGGAGAGAUACGUAAAGCGGAACUGAUCGAAAGCUGCAAUGUUCUAAGGAUCCCUGCUUCCCAUGUAACCAUCCUGGACCAUAGGAAGCUUCCAGACCAUCCGUCUGCCAAGUGGGACAUUCCUCUCCUCGCAGAGCUGAUCUUCUCACACAUCAAAACCCACCAAAUCGAUUUGGUUGUAACUUUCGACGCCGAAGGUGUGAGCGGACACCUAAAUCACCGAUCAGUUUAUGCUGCGGUCAGGUCCUUGCAGUCAGAGAGGAAGGUUCCAGAAGGUUGUCACUUCCUCGUCCUUGAGACCGUGAACGUUUUCCGGAAGUACAUUUCCAUCUGGGACGCUCCGCUCAGCUGCUACAAAAAUCGGGAUGUCCUCUUUAUAGCGACGGAAAAAGAAGCAGAAUUGGCCAAGAGAGCAAUGCGGUGUCACCAUAGCCAGAUGCUCUGGUUCCGCUGUCUGUACGUGAGGUUCUCGCGCUACAUGGUGAUCAACUCACUUCGCUUCCUCUAGUGGGGGAAGAGAGAUUUUGGAUGAAGCAGAGACCCAGAGAGGA